AUUGACCCAUGAUUAAAAUUUUACAUACUAAUGUUUAAAGAGUGUAGUUACAAACUGAUGUUAAAAUAGCUCAUGCAUUAUUUUUAGGAAAAACUGACUUAAUUAUUAUUAGUCACCCCACCUGUUCGACGGAGCGUAUCUCCCUAAAACCGGCAAAUGUAUUCAUCGCAUAUUAUUCAACGGCUUACCAUAACACGAUCACGCGUUGUUAACAUAUUGUAUUUAUACUUAGUGACACAGUUUUUAUAUAUUUAUUAUUAAAUUAAAUAAUGAAAGAAAUAGCGAGUGCAAGAGUUUUGUUUGGUUGUUUUAACACCAUAUUCUUUGGAUGUGGGUUUUUAAAAGUGGUCUGUGGAUUCCUACUUCUGAGUGAUUCUCGAAGGAUUCUUCUAUCUCGAUUGCUUGCGAUGCCAGAGGAUGGUCUGUAUGAACCUCCGUUCUACUACGUCGCUCUCGCGCUCCUGGGAGCUGGACUUAUUGUCUGCACUGUAGCAGCUAUAGGUGUUUGGGCCACUUACUUACCUGGAUACAUUAUUUUAACCUUCUACUUCCUGAUAGUGCUCGGCUUGCUACUCUGCGAAUGCGCAGCGGGUGUGUUGGCGGCAAUAUGGUUGCGGUGUUACGGCAUCCAGGCCACCCGCGGCGGAGCGGUCGGCGCUCUACAGAGCUACUACGCAGUACCUGACUUUGAACAUUUCACAGCGGCAUUGGAUUUAGCGCAGACUGAGUUGCAAUGCUGCGGCAUGACAAGUGCACGCAACUACGACAUGUCGUUGUGGCAGCUGCGACGUCUCGGCCCGCGCGGUAUGUCUGUACCGUUCAGCUGUUGCGUGCAGACCGAACACGUCUCCUAUCUCAACCCCGCGCCGGUAAACCAAUCACGCUGCCAGGAGGUGCAGCCCAUUCCGCAAUUCAGACAUGUGCAUGGUUGCCAAACAAAACUGGAAGACUGGUACCAGGAGCAAUAUUUCGUAUUUAUGUUAGCAUUGUUUGUAGUCGCCGUCUUCAAACUGGCCAUAUUAUUAGGUACUGUGUUUUCAUGUAUUCAACUCAAAAAAAGCAAGCAGGAGAAGCAUUUCUUUACGUUAAAAAGUAUGCAGAAUAAAUCGAAUGAAAAUAUUUACGAACGCAAUGUAAGCUUACACGAUGAACCGAUAACAGCUAAAUAUGUUCAACCAAAUAAUUUUUACAGUCCCCGUGUACGCAAUCCGAGGAUUUUCAACAAGCCCAAUGAGAUGGUAUGAGAAUUAGCCGCGGAGAUAAAUGCUUUAGAGAGGAAGUUAGAGACGUUCUCGGAUAUUCUGUAUAAACACCAAGCCGACUCUAUUAUGUGGUGAUAAAUGUGUAAUCUUUUCCGCAACCAAAUGCUUUAUAAAAGCAUAAUUUUGUAAUUCUUAUUUUUUCAUAGGUUAGUACGAAAUAGUUUCGCCAUAUCCGUCUGUCCUUCGUUCAGUAUAAUAGUUAUAAUUUACGAGCUCUAUGCUGGAAAUAGUUUUUCAAGUUAUCGUGCUUUUUGAAUCAAUCUAUUAAUCGUAGAUUUUCAAGAAACUUCGUUUUAUAGAUGAUUAGAUAAAUGUACUCAUUUAAAAUAAAAAAGCAAUUAAAUCUACGGUAAUUGUGCCCUAGAUAUGGACUUGCUCAACAAUAAAUACUCUAAUUAUUAUUAUGUACAUAACUCGGCUAAAUCGGAAGUGCCAUAACUAUGUACAAAAUAUUUAGGACAAAAGCUUUAAAAUCGAUCAAACAACUUCUUUCACUGACAUUAAUCUACACCUCGUAUUGUAGAUUUCGCCAUCUCUAAAGUUUUAUCUCCGUUUAUUUAUAAGGAAUUAUAUUAUAAGUAAAAGACUGUACCUAGAUUGUAAGAUGUUAUGAAAAUAAGUGUAUAAAAUGAAAAUCAUGUUUCAAUAAGUAAUAUUAUUUUCAAAAGAACAUUCAAAAAUUGGUCCUAAAGUUAAAACAUUGUUAACAAUGGCUCUGGAAUGUUUCUAUCAUUCAUAAAUGGAUUUACAGUUGUAACAGAGAGCUAAUGUUUCAUUUUACGAAAUGUUUGUCCAUUUUAUAAAGGAAUAAUAGGUGCAUUAUACAAAAUCAUACGUUUUUUCUUAUUUAGCUAUGCUUUUUUAAUUAGAAUAUAAAUUUUAAUGCCAUCUAAAAUUGUAAAAUGUUCAUAAUGUAUAAUAUACAUAUGUAUACGAUAAGUUAAUUUUAAUAACAUAUUGACAGAACUUGUUGAAUAAAGGUAAAAAAGAAACCAACAUUCUGAAUAUUCCAGAAUCCCACAAACCCUACGUGAUACAUGAGAUCCUUAACAAUAACAAUAUUCUAUUCAUAAUAAUUGAUUCUAUUUUAACCUACAGACCAUUGAGACCGACAUCACAGUAUAAUCUACUAAUUACAUCUUAGGUACAGGAAUGACCUUAAAAUAAACUUAAUUAAUAAAAUUUACAUUUGCACUAUAAAUUAAAAUAGAUUGGGUCGUUCACAGGCGGAAAAUGAAACCUCGCUAACAAUCUUGAACCCGACUGAAGAGACAUCAAUCGUAUAAAUAAUUACAAACACAAUUCCAAUAACU